UGUUGAUCCACAUGGGGGGAUAAUGGGAAAAGCUCCUCCACUUGGCCCUGAAGUUCGCUUUGGUCCUCAUCCAGUUAGGUCAAAUGAACCUGAAAGGAGUUCUCUAGGGUGGCUUCAUGGAGCUGAACCCAUUCCAUCGAAUACUGGAGCAGGUACUGACUCAUCUACAUUUCGGUUGCAUGAUGAAAAAUUCAAGGCCUUGGGUGGCGAUUGUUCGAAUUCCUUUCAGAUGGAGACUACUCAUCCCCACGACCCAGCAGUGAGGCCUUUUGAUAGGCGUCAUGCUGGUGGUGGUGGUCCACCUUCAAGAUUUUUACCUUCCCACCAUCCUCCUGCUGGUUUGCUCUCAAAUAUUGGUAAAGAAAGAGAUUUGACACUUCCUUAUAAUGGCAAUAAUAAAGGAAGGGUAGGCCCCGGACGUGGGCAUCCAGAUUUGUUUGCACCCGGCCCUGAAUUUGGUGGUGAUCACAUGACACAUUUUCGUCCCCGAAGUCCAGAUAGAGAAUAUCAGGGCAUUUCUUCGCGUGGAUUUGGAAGCAUUUCGACUAUUCCUCAUGGCCACUCGGCCCUUAAUGAGAUUGAUGGUGUGGAAGCACGUAGAAUUGGUGAUGGAUCCAGAUCUUUUAAUCUACCUUCAGAUCCAGUUGGUUGUGAUGGCAGUUUUCCUCACUUGUCUAAGCACAUGUGGAGAGGUGACGUGGAGGGUCCAGGGAAUUUUAAAUUUGGUGAGCAUAUGGCUCCUGCUCCUCUCCUCAACCAUACAAGGGAUGACAUUUUCGGGCAAGAUGUCAUGUCGGCCCAAGUUAGGAGAGGUGAAUUUUUGGGUCCUCGUAAUUUGUCUACUCAUUCGCACAUGGGUGAGCCUGCUGGUUAUGGCCCCGUUUCUAAUCUUCCACAUCUUGGGGAACCAGGUUUUAGGAGAAACUAUUCACUCCAGGGUAUUGUAGAUUCUUUUGAUAAAUCAAGGAAGAGGAAGUCCAUAAGCAUGGGGUGGUGCCGUAUAUGCAGGACUGAUUGUGAAAUGGUGGAAGGCCUAGACAUGCAUGCACAAACACUGGAACACCAGAAGAUGGCUAUGGAUCUGGUUAUAAGCAUCAAACAGCGGAGUAAAAGGAAACCGAAAUCAUCCGGUCGUGCAUCACGUGAGGAGUUGGGGAAGACAAGAAACAUUGGUUAUGAAGGUCAUGGGAACAAGCUCUGAAUCCCAAUUUACGCUUUUACUGGGAGUGAGCAUGUUGCUGCCCUGUUUAUGAAGAUGGUUUUUGGAAGUGAAAUUACUGUCGCAGUUAAGUUUGUUUUGUUCUUGACAUCUUUAUUUCAUAUUGGACGGUUAUAUGUCGAAUAAUUAUUCUACUUAAAUCUGUACUGCACUUCUUACUUAAUUGACUUUUCGUUAAGUCAUGGACAAAUGUAUUUUUUCGUACGGUUCUUGGCAUUAUUCUCUUUUCAUUUAGCACUAUUAUUUUCCCCCUCCAUAUAUUUGAACUUUUGUUGAAUAAAUGAUAGACUAUAGAGUGCACUUGAUAUGACCCCUUUUUGAGCACCAUUUUGGUAAGAAAAUGUAUUUUGGAAUAGUGAUUUUUUUGGAGAAUGUGUUUAGAAAAGAAGGAAAAGUUUUUUAUUCAUGUGUAAAAUUAUUUUAUGAAAGAAUGUUUAGUUGAAACUGAGUUUUGAAAAAAUGGGGGCUAAACAUAGGCAUAAUAUGAGUUUCAUUGUGAGAUUCUCUGACAGAGUGUGCUCUUACUGGAACUUUUUGGGCUUUAUUCUGAUCUAUUUAAGCAUUUUUUUGGGAGUGGGUUGAUGUGCUUAAAGAAAAUUAUAAAAUAACUUCAUGGUGGAUUAAUCUAGUAAUGUUUUUGAUUUGCUUGAGAAAAAAAUAUGGUUGAAUGGGCAUUUUUUUGGGAGUGGGUUGAUGUGCUUAAAGAAAAUUAUAAAAUAACUUCCUGGUGGAUUAAUCGAGUAAUGUUUUUUAUUUGCUUGAGAAAAAAUGUGGAUGAAUGGGCAUAACAAGUUGUUGAAUGUGUAUUUAUCAUCAAUCUGACUAUCCUAUCCUGUUUGUCAUGUGCCACAUACAUAGAAACAUAUAUGUAGUAAUAUUCUUGCCUAAGCUCAGCAUGAAAAUUUCUAAAUUAUGUCGAGUAGAUUUGAUUUGAUCUAACAUGUUGCCAUGCUAAAAUGUCAAGAAUGGUAUCUAUACGCAAAGUUUUAUUUUGUCUAGUGUUAUUCAAAGAGUAUUACUAUAUCCCUGCUUCAGUCUAUGCGUUUGCAUUUUCCCUUUGCCAUUGAUACUAAAAAGUUAGAUGCAAAACUAACUAAAUGAACUGUGAGGCAGCACAUAAACCUUCUCUAACUUGUUUUUGUGAUGUGAUAUAUGGACAAUUUGAAAUGCUUAUUAGCCAUACGUUCGUUCUUUCCACAUUUAAUAUUCUUGAAGUUAAACUAUUAAAUUUAUUAAGGGAGCAUAAGGAGCUUUUUUUGGGAUCAUCACAAGCACUCUCAAAGAUGCUCUAAUUCUUUGUGAAGAUGAAUGUCAUGCCUUUCUUUAAUAAAGAGCUCUCUUAUUGAUUUCCAUAGAAAAUAAUUCCAAGGUCAUGAUGUAACGUCGUAUUUUGAUGGAUGGAGAUUCAGAGUUGUACAAGGUCUUGGAGAUGGUAAAUGUUAUACAACAAAAACAUUCAUAUUACAAAAUGUGAGAGUUUUAUGUAGGUCGACAACCUAAUGCAACUCUCGUAACCUGGGCUUGGGUCCAGUUUGGAAGAUGAAUAGGUGGAGUUAGAUUUGAAUGUUAUAGAAUGAAAAAUGUCUUGCUAUUGAUAUGCACACUUGGGAACUAAGAAAUGCUUUCAGAGCUUCAUUAUGGUGGUUGUCAGGCUAAUAUUAAAGUAGUCUACAGUGGAUAAAGUGCAGUUUGUGUUGAGACAUUAUUGCCACCAAAUUCUGAGUUGAUUGGAUAUUGGGGCUUUUGUUGUGUGUAGUGCAAUUCAUCAUGUUGAAGUUUUGGUCUUUCACUGUUAAUUUGUUCUAGUAGUAUCCAUCAUUUUAUUACGCCUUUAAUGUCUCCCUUCUUUUUUCAUAUUCUCGGCAAGCUCUCAUUUUUGGGUUAAAGGUGAUGGUCAAGUGCUGUAUGCUUCCAUGUUAAUCUGAGAUUCUGCCACCGUACCUGUUCCUGGGACUGCUGAAUCUGGUGACAGUAAAUUUCAUUUGAUUUUGAUCUGCUGUUAGGUUGGCUAGCUCUUACCUUGGAAAUUAUUCUCAAUUUCAUUUCCAGUUUCUUUUCUUUUAUCUCUGUGCUUCUCAUCAUUUGGCUUUUUGAAGUCCAUCAAGAUUUUCACUUGAGUCUAGAUGGAGAAUUGAGUUUAACUGACUGCAGAUGAACUGAUUAGAAAGUUAAUCUGCUUUUAAUUGAAUGUUUGAUAUAAGUAUGCAAAGGGUAUAUUAGUUCGGGUUAACAAGAUUGGAUUUCGAAUGCUACUCAUGACGUUACAUGCUUUAUUUACAAAUAAAGGGCAUAUUCAUUAACAGAGAUUGGAUAUUUUAAAUGGCGACUAUCUACUAAUUGCUAAAUCAGUAGGUUCUGUGAUAGGUUUUUGGGUACUUUUAUUUGCUGGAGUUUGAUUAUGAAAAAGUAGCUGUUGUGGUAGUGCCCGGUUAAAGAAUUAUCUGGAAUUAAAUAAUUGUUAGAGAUUGUCUAAAUUUUUUAAACUUUUUUAAUUUUUUUUAAGUAGUACCUUAUAAAAUGGAUAUUUUGUAACUUGAAUCUGGUAUUUUACUAUUUUGGCUGCUCUUUCAUAACAAGUAUGGGAUUUCAUUACUAGUCUAGGAGUCCCAUAAAAUUAGCAAAUAUAGAGGGUAGUGACAUUAAGUAUCAUAAGCAAAGUGGAAAUCUAGUAUUCAAUUAGACUUGAUGCUGCAAAUAUCUGAACAACAAGAAACAAUGAUAAUAUUUAUUCCCGUAAAUUUUAGGGCCGUCAAUAUUAACCACUCCAUUUUGUUAAUUGCAAAGCUAUUGAAAGAUUCAAAGCAGCAAUAUCCUAUGGAUAGUUAUUGUUUACCCUCCCUCUUCCAGUUCUACUGAAAUGGUGUCACAGUUAGUAACACUGCAUUUUUUUUUUGGUUCAUUGAGAUAAAAUCAAUGGUUUCACAUCUCCAGAAUGCAUAUGUCUUAGUGGCACCGCUUGAUAAGGUCUAGCUAUCCAUAUAAGAGUCUAGGACAAUCUAUUAUAUCAUGUCUUCUUCAAAAGGAAUACAUAUAAGAAAUUAUCAUGAUAAAAUGGGUACACAUAUUUAUGCACCCCCUGGCUAAAAUUAAAUUUCACCGGAAUGGAUUUACCUGAAAAGAAUACUAAUCUUGCAUACUCUUGGACAAAAUUGGCCACUUAAUAUAGUGAAGAGAUUCAAAUUUAAGGUAAAUAAAAUUGAAAUAUUGUAAUGGGUAUCCUUUCGUUUCCUAGCUAAGCACAAUAGGGCUGGUAGAUGUCCAACUAGGUUGAAAAAAACUCUUUAGAUGAUUCGGCUUGUAGCUCUCUAGGAUUUCUGGCCUUAUUUUGUUUUACAUAUGUUAUAGGGUUCUAGAUACCUUGUCUUGUACUUUUAUACUACUUUUUCUUGUUUAGUUAAAAAUCUAACGAAAACCAGCUUGUUAAAUGCUCUGGAAGUAUAUAAUUGCUGCUGGAAACCUUUAAAUUUCAAACUAUCAAUUUGCUAUACAACAGUUAAACCUAAAUAAAUAUGAGACUCUGAGAACUAACUACAUAAUUGGUGGUCGAGCACGAAUUAUGAAUGAAAGUUAUCUAGUUAUGAUUGCUUAAAAACUUGGUUGAAAACAUGAACUUUGGAGUAGUUACAAGCUUUCAUGAAUUGACUCACAUCUUCUGGUAACCUAAUGUAAUUGUAUCAAGAUAUUGUCCACUGCUAGUUUGAACUAUGCUUGGAAAGGUUAUUCUAUUUGGCUGUGAUUAUGUAAAAUAAAGAUUUAGGGUUGCUGGUGUGUUUCUUAAGAAGAGUGUUGGAUCACCCAAAAAAAACUUCAAUAAUAUGCAAACUGAAGGAGGUUGUUUAUUCCAAUUUUUAUGGUCCAUAAAAGCCUUUUGAAUUUGUGUUCUGGAUGUCAGUGGCUGAAAGUAUUCAACCAUGAACGUCUGGUGAAACAGUAGAGCUAUAGAAAGUCUUAAAUCUUCAAUAGUUAUCGCCCAAGGAUUAAAAUCUAAGAUGCAACCCGCGAUGCCCCAUGCAAAUCCCUAUUUCGGUCAAUCGAUCAAAGUAUAGGGCAUCCCUAAUAACUAUUUUGAGCAUAUUGGAAUGGAAAAACAAUGUUUUGGUUUGUAAACGAGGGGCCAUAAGGCUCGUAUUGGUGGAAUGGACUUGGUAUACAUCAUGAGGUUUGUUUUAAUUCUUCUAUCUCAAUAGAGGUGAGUAAAAUUGAGUCCACAUGGCAGUGACCAAUUUUUUCGUAGUGUAAUCUUUACACACACCAAAAUGGUCAGAUACUCUGCCGAAACUGCUUGGCGACUUCUAGCUUUAGAACAGCUUAGGAAACAAUUAUCCUAUCUUUUCGUUAUCCGUCUAGGAAAUAGAUAUAGUCGAUUAAUGUUGGAUUUCAGUUCAUAAAUUUUGAAGGAUACAUUCCAGGUAUCAUUUUUAACUUUUAUGUUAAUAGAUUAAGCCCCAAUCUCUAACCCUCUUAAUGCUUAUUUGUAAUUUUAAGUUCGAGUUUUGAAGUUAAUUUUUUCCGUGGUUGAAAUUUCUCUAUUAUAGAUCUUUUCAACUCAUCCUGUCUUUCUUUGGGAAGCUAAAGAGAUAAAAGCUCAAAGUUAAGCAAAGCUUUGCUCACAAGUCCUUUUGGGUUUUCCAUUGCUUCCAAUUACUCCGAAUUCCAAUUGGGUUUGAAGAUUGCGAUUGAGGAGCUCCUUGUGGAUGCAGAAUUCAAUUCUUUGUUUUUGGUAAGUCUCGUAUUAAUUCUAUUUCACUUGCUUCUAACAAUAUCCUUAGUCACGAGAUAUGUCUGGAGAAAUAAGAUAUUACGCUCCUGUUUGAUACCGAUUAAAAUUUGGAUUUUAAUCUAAGUCAAAAUCAACAAUUCAUUUCAACGACAUAUUUUAUGGGUUUCACAACUUUUUAUCGACACAUUUCAUCAACUUCUAUCUAAAUUUACAAAAAAAUCAGAUUUUAAUCCCCACCAUAUAGGGGCUAUGUUUUGACAAACCCUGUAAUAUAGUUUAUUGCUGGGCCGGAGAUCUUUGUGCAGCUUAUUCGUGUGUUGGCUAACUAAUUUAAAUAAUCUAGGGUUUCCAUGAUGUGCUAGAUUCUUAGUUUUGUAGUCCUUCCCCAAUGCACUGGUUUCUUCAUUGCCCCCAGCUUCUUCAGUUUUUCAACCUUAUUUGACCUUUGCCUAAACACUUCAUGAGUGUGCUUACCAUCUGUAAUACACCUAUAGCUACCGACACAUAAAAAAAAAUAAUAAUAAAUAAAAAAUAAAAAAUAAAAAACGUAGUUUUUUGGUUGGUAGCCGUAAGAAGUUAGGCAUCAGGAUAAACCAUAUUGGGUUUGUACUGUGAAGGUCUUGGGCGGUGGGGGUUAUUUUGUAUUAUAUUAUUGGUAUUUUUGAACUUUUGAGAACAGGAAUAUAAAGGUUUCAAAGGGAGAACUUUCUGAAUUAUUUUCCAGGCAACCUGUAGGUCAAUCUGGUUUUUGGUUUCACUGGUCCUCGCAAUUUGGAAAAUGUAGUGAUAACUUUCUGAAGGAUUUUCCAUGCAAUCUGUUCUUUUUUCCGAAACUUACUCUUAGGAACUCCUAUGUUCGAAGCUUAAUUUCAUAAGAAGAAUAAAAAGGGAAAAUAGGAAAAUAGAUACUAGGAAUUAUACGGCCCAUUUGGUAGGGCUUUUUUUGAGACUAAGAAGAUGCUUUUGAACAUGUUCUGAUAAUUUUUUUAAAUCACUUUUUCUAGCUAGAAGGGUUUUUAGAGGAAGCUAGCCUAAGGUAGCUUGCUCAGAAAAUUCUUAUACAAGAAGCAAGAGCAGAAGUCUUUGUCAAAUGCCCCAUUAUGUGACAAUGAAUCACUUUGUUGUUGAGGCACAUUUCUUAGAGAAUGUGAAAUUUUUAUUUAUUUAUUUGGUGUCUUUGUUGUUGAAAUUGGCUUGAAAUUUUCUUCCCUUGGCAUGCCAUGAAAAUGCAAGCUUUUAGCUACUAUUGUAGUAUUUCAGCUAGUUUCUUGGAAUAUCGGAAAAUAAUGUUCUGAGGGGUGAGUACUUAUUAUUCAGUAGCCUGCUAACCCUUAGCUUUGGCAAAUGAUUCUUAAAAUGUUUAAGCUACUUGGUGAACUAGGAUAAUCUUGAAUCGUCAUAGGACAAGGUUCGGUGUCAGAUAUGCUGUUUUCAUUCAAGGAACGUGCUAUGGCUGAAAGAACAUCCUCUGGUUUAUAAAAUGCUCCUCUUUGUGUGUAGAAUGCUAAUGUACUUUGAAGCGUUCCUUGUUUUGUCUCUGUAUGGUUUCAGUAGGAUCAUCUCGAGGCCUUUUGUCUACAAUGUACGGUUUCAGUAGGAUCUUCAACCGGCUAAGAUCACCAGAAUUCCUCAAAGCUCUUGUACUUUAUUAUUGCCUGUUUCUGUUAUGUGGUCGAGUUUUCGUAGUGUUUCAUUGUAAGAGUUGCCGCAGGCAUAUAUAUUGGCAUGACCGAAUAUGCUUUAUAUAUUUGGUUAUUGUAGGAAUAUGAGUAAUUAUUUUGACAAUGUAUUGGUUUUAAAGAUAAUCAUUUAUGCAACAUAUAUUAAUUUUUAAC